GUCUAAAGUUAGAAGUCACUCCGCUAAUGGCAGCACAGUACUUAUAAUUGUCAUUUCUGUCAGUGUCUCUGUCACGUCUGUCAAUUAAACGUCAAUACAAUAAUGUCAAUUGAGAUGAAUCAUAUGAAUGAAGCUUUGUUUGGCUUAUUUUCUUGAAUAUUUGUUGUUGUUAUUAAUUUGUUGACAUUUGUGUGUAAUAUAAGUAAUUUAGGACUUUUUUAAAGAUGGUUAAGCGUUGUGUACCUUCGUGCAAAAACUCGUCAAAAGGCUCGAAAAUGCACAUUUUACCCAAAGAUAAAAAAAUACGCAUCCAGUGGUGUUUUGCAUUGGGCAAGAAAAACUUAAUUAUUGAUGUAGAAUCAAAAAAGAACGUCAAAAAUACAAAGUUUGUUCUGCCCUUUUUGUACAAACAGCUACGUUUAUAUCUGUACGCAACAAGACAAAUUUAAAGUAUGUCAGUAUUCCAACAUUAUUUUUACCCUGUAAGUUUGUAUCAUUUACAAUACAAUACUUCUAAAAUUUUUAGCGGUACGAUUAAGGUAUAAUGUAUUCUAAAUCAAAUUUUCCUGCAGUCAGUAAGUUGAGAUGUAAAACUCUGUCACUAAAAUAAAG